ACCUCGUUUACUAGUUCUUAUAAAUAUCAACCCCUCCCCCACCACCUAAUCCUUCUUCCUUCGGGCUUCUCUCACCACUGCUCCACCGGUUUUUUCUUUUCCUCGACUCUUUUUCUCACAUACUUCCAUUAAACAUACAUCAACAUCCAUCGCACACAUGGCUCACCACGGAGGCCUAGUCCCGUUCGCACCUGAAGACGACAAUGCCCAGCAGGCCGAACCUCACAAUUACAACUGGGGCGGCAUCCGCGGGUACCGUCGCGUAAUGUACAUGGGGGGAAACCUCCAUGUGAACGCUUGGGACAAUGACGGCAACCCACUUGAUCAGCACCGCAACCCGCUCGUGGGUCGGGAGGAGGCGGCGCGCCGCCGAGAGGCGGAUGUCCGCCGCCACGACCUUCUCGCGGGCGUGGCCGUGGCCACGCUUCAAGAGUCAAUGGAAAUGUUUGGCGAUUGGCUGGCUCAGGUCAGUGACGAGGACCUGGGUUACUAUGCGCCCAUGAAUCGUGAAGACUGGGAGACACUGGCGGCCGCGGUCGCGCUGGCUUACGUCCACGAAGACAUUGAGCGCAGUUUCAACCAAGCCGAUGUCGUACAAUUAGAUUCUCCUGUCGCGCAGUGGACGCUUGCGCACCUCGAUGGCGUCUGGGAGUGGAUUUUUGGGGUGAACGGCGAAGAAUGGGAUGUAGACUCCCAGCCAGCGAACAGAGCCAAGGGCGCCGCGAUAUUUAUACGCAUGAACAUGACGGCGCAGGCCGAAAACCCGCAAUUCCAACUCAUGGACGGGCGGGGUCAGAUCGCGGCAAGGCGCGAUGUAAAGUUUGCACCAGGCAUCAUCCCUUCGCAGGAGAUGUCAUGA